AUGGGCGACAUUCGUCAGUCGUUGCUGCCUCGCGAUGUGCUGAGUGCAGCCAAGGAGCUGCUGUAUCAUCUGGACAUCUACAUCUGUAACCUGGUGCAGUCGGGAAGGCAGCCUCCUCAGGUCGACUCCAAAACCCAGGAGCUGGUGGAGGAGUUCAUUCUGCAUGCACCAAAGGACAGAAACACCCCAUCCAGGAGGAUGAGUGCUCUCCAGGAGCUCCAGCUGCUGGAGAUCAUGUGCAGCUGUUUCCAGGAACAGAGUCGCGACACUGUCCGUCAGCUUAUGUUCUCCGCCCUCUUUAGUCUCCAAGGCAACCAGGCAGACGAAAGUCGAAUGGCGCUGUUAGGCAAGCUGGUCUCCAUGGCAAUCGCUGUGGGCAGGGUUCCUAUCUUGGAAUGUGCUGCUAGCUGGUUACAGAGAACCCACCGUGUGUACUGUGUGCGCCUGGCUCAGGUGCUGGUAGACGACUACUGUAGUAUGGUGCCAGGCUCGGGGCCCACCCUGCAGAACAUCCACAGCGCCAGCCCACGCUUCUGCUGCCAGUUCAUCACUGCUGUCACCACCUUGUAUGACCUCACCACAGAGGAGCUCACCCCUCCUUUAGAACUCCUCCAGAUGAUUGUGUCAUGGAUCCAAGAUGACCCUCGUCUAGUCCUAAUCACCUUCCUAAACACGCCCCUCUCUGGCAACCAGCCAAUCAGCUCACUCGAUGUCACACCAUUAGGGGGGUUGGUGCGCUGGUGCAUCAAAGCCCCCCUGGCCUACAGUAGAGACAAGAAGCAGGCGUUAACCAAUGGCACCACUGAGAGUGAACCAGAGGUGGGGCCUCUGUUUUCUGCUCUCCAUCUGAGUGUCCUCCAGGUCCUCAUGCUUUUGCCGAACAUACUAAAUGAGAAGGGGCUUUAUGGUCGCCUGGCGCUGCUCCAGAUGGAGUCUCUGGCCGCACUGACCUCAGACCUCUCCAGGCUGUUGGACCAGGCCGACAAACACACGCAAACGUCAUCCGUGGACACACGUGCGCUGUCUCAGCUGGCCCUGGACCGGCUGGCACAGGCCCUGCAGGUGGCCAUGGCCAAUGGAGCCAUGCUCUGCUCGAGAGAGGACCUGAGGGCCAUCUGUUCCCGGCUGCCACACAACAAUUUGCUCCAGUUGGUGUUGUCAGGCCCAGUGAUGUACUACAACAACAUCCACACCCCUCCACUGGCCUUCAGCCCGCACGCAGCUCACUCCCCCAUCGCCUCGCACCCCACACACCCGACACACCCCACACACCCCACACACCCCACACACCCCACACACACACCCCUCGUCGCCACCCAUCCCUCCUCUCACCCUCAGUAUCCCGCUCAGCCUUUCAUGACGGGGAUGCCGUUCCCCUUCCGACCCAGCCACUAAAAGAAAUAAUGUCCCAUCUUGUGAAGCUGUGUGUUUAUGUAUGUAUGUAUGUGUGUGUGUGUAUGUCUGUUUGUUGCUGUACAUGAAUGUGUGUGUGAGUGAUGCAUUAUGUUGUUAAUGAGCAGAUGUGCUUCUGCUAAAAGUCUGAGAGGCUAACAUGUUUGUCCAAUAAAUAUUUUUUUACCUCAC